GAAGGCUACAAAAACGAUUAAGGGCCUGCGGCAUCGCUCUUACGUGGAAAGAGCUGGGGCUGUUGAGCCUAGAGAAAACCGAAGAAGGAUCUUAUAUCGAGCAGGCCUAGAGGUCCGCGGCUCUCCCCUCACGCAGCUCCCGCCCACCAGCCCCGCACAGCACGCAGAGCUACAGAAACCACCCUCGCCACGCGCUUACCCGCUCGCGCCGUCGCUUUGACGACGUCACGGCGGCGGCGGCCAAUGAGGAGGCGAAGGGGGGGCGGCCGCUGGCGUUUGAAUUCGGCGGCCGGGCUGGGCGGUGGUUGGCUCGGCUGCGGCGCUGAGGGAAGAUUCAGCUGCUUGGUCUGAAGGAGCCCUGGAAGCAGAGAAGAGAGAGCAUGUCUGCUGCUAAAGAAGAUGAUGUCUGUAGCCACGUGAAAGUGGUUGUCCGCGUCCGUCCAGAAACUCAAAAGGAAAAAGAUGGCAACUUUGCUAAAGUUGUUCAUGUUGUUGACCAGCAUAUAUUGGUGUUUGAUCCAAAGGAAGAAGAAUUUAGCUUUUUUCAUGGAAAGAAACUGACCCACAGGGAUAUUAAUAAAAGAACAAAGAAAGACCUUAAAUUUGUUUUUGAUGCUGUUUUUGCUGAAAAUUCAACCCAGUUGGAAGUUUUUGAGCAUACAACCAAAGGUGUACUUGAUGGCUUCUUAAAUGGAUAUAAUUGCACAGUGCUAGCAUAUGGUGCAACAGGAGCUGGAAAGACUCAUACAAUGUUAGGCUCCCCUGAAGAUCCUGGAGUGAUGUAUUUAACCAUGAUGGCACUUUAUAAUUGCAUGGAUCAAAUAAAAGAAGAAAAAAUAUGCAAUGUUGCUGUGUCUUAUUUAGAGGUGUACAAUGAACAGAUCCGUGAUCUUCUGGUCAACUCAGGACCGCUGGCUGUUCGGGAAGAUGCUCAGAAAGGGGUGGUGGUUCAAGGGCUAACAUUACAUCAGCCAAAAUCAGCAGAGGAAAUCCUUCAAAUGUUGGAUUAUGGGAAUAAAAACAGAACACAACAUCCCACAGAUGUGAAUGCCUCCUCUUCUCGUUCCCAUGCAGUCUUCCAGAUUUACUUAAGACAGCAAGACAAGAUAGCUAGCAUUAGUCAAAAUGUUUGCAUCGCCAAAAUGUCCCUCAUUGACCUCGCAGGAUCUGAACGUGCCAGUGCUACAAAUGCUAAGGGAGCUCGUUUUAGAGAAGGAGCAAACAUUAACCGCUCCCUGCUAGCUCUUGGAAAUAUCUUUAAUGCCUUGGCAGAUCCUAAGUUUGUGGUUAAACUCAUAGACAUCAUCUGA